CGGGGUCCCCGCAGGCUCUCACACCAUCCAGCGUAUGUCCGGCUGUGAAGUGGGGUCGGACGGGCGUCUCCUCCGCGGAUACUAUCAGUACGCCUACAACGGCCGCGAUUACCUCGCCCUGAACGACGACCUGACGACGUGGACGGCGGCGGACGCGGCAGCGCAGAUCUUCCGGCGCAAGUUCCAGCAGGCUGAUGAGGCAGAGGGAUGGAGGGCCUACCUGGAGGGCGAGUGCGUGGAGUGCCUGCACAGAUACCUGGAGAUCGGGAAGGACGCGCUGCUGCGCACAGAUCCCCCAAAGGCACAUGUGACCCAUCACCCCACACUGAAAGGAGAGGGCACCCUGAGGUGCUGGGCCCUGGGCUUCUACCCUGCUGAGAUCUCCAUGACCUGGCAGAGGGAUGGGGAGGAACAGACUCAGGACAUGGAGCUGGUGGAGACCAGACCUUCUGGGGAUGGAACCUUCCAGAAGUGGGCAGCUGUGGUGGUGCCUUCCGGGGAGGAGCAGAGAUACACAUGCCAUGUGGUCCAUGAGGGGCUGACACAACCCCUCACCCUGAGAUGGGAGCCUCCUCAGUCCACUGUCCCCAUAUGGGCAAUCAUUGCUGUUCUGGUUCUCCUUGGAGCUGUGAUCAUCAUUGUGGUGGUUGUUGUGAGGUGCAGGAGGUGAAACACAGGUGGAAAAGGAGGGAACUAUACUCCAGCUUCAGCGUGAAGACAGCUGCCUGUCCUGACAGAGUGACAGAGAUGUGCUCAGGUCUCUGCUGUGAUGUCCUGAGCCCCUCAGUUCACUCUCAGCAACAGUGUCUGAUGUUCCCUGUGACCCUGUGGGCUCAAUGUGAAGAACUGGGGAGCCCAGGCCCCCUGCACACCAGGACCCUGUCCCUGCACUGCCUGUGUUCCCUUCCACUGUGGUGGUAAUCUAAUUGUACUGAAAUGUGAUUUUGAAUGUAUGUUAACAAAUAAAGUUGCCCGGGGGU